ACCUUCUGAUCUUCUCCCACCCCAGCACCUACCGCGCUUCCAACAUGAAGACCCCGGGCGAGCAGACGGUGCCGGCCCUCAACCUCCAGAACGCUUUCCGCAUCAUCAAGGAGGUCCAGAAACGCUACAAAACCCGCGAGGCCGAGGAGAAGGAGAAGGAGGGCAUCGUGAAGCAAGAUUCUUUGGUCAUCAACCUCAACCGGAGCAACCCCAAGUUGAAGGACCUCUACAUCCGCCCCAACAUCGCCCAGAAGAGGAUGCAAGGUUCUUUGGAGGCCCACGUCAACGGUUUCCGCUUCACCUCGGUGCGGGGGGACAAGGUGGACAUCCUCUACAACAACAUCAAGCACGCCGUCUUCCAACCCUGCGACGGCGAGAUGAUCAUCGUCCUCCACUUCCACCUCAAGGUUGACCACGAGAAGACCAUG